AUGGCCGACUCUUUGACUGAGGAACAGGUUUCCGAGUACAAGGAAGCGUUCUCGCUCUUUGACAAGGAUGGCGAUGGCCAAAUUACGACCAAGGAACUGGGCACCGUCAUGCGGUCCCUCGGUCAGAACCCGUCCGAGUCCGAGUUGCAGGACAUGAUCAACGAGGUGGAUGCCGAUAACAACGGCACCAUCGACUUUCCCGAAUUCCUGACCAUGAUGGCUCGCAAGAUGAAGGACACCGACUCCGAGGAGGAGAUCCGCGAGGCUUUCAAGGUGUUCGAUCGCGACAACAACGGCUUCAUCUCCGCGGCGGAGUUGCGCCAUGUCAUGACCUCCAUCGGCGAGAAGCUGACCGACGAUGAAGUUGAUGAAAUGAUCCGUGAAGCCGACCAGGAUGGCGAUGGCAGAAUUGACUGUGAGUUCAUGCACAGAAGGACUCCCUACAACGGUCGAAAGACUAACGGAGCUCGCUCAGACAAUGAGUUUGUCCAGCUCAUGAUGCAGAAAUAA